AUGGUGGUGGGCGCGUUCCCUAUGGCGAAGCUGCUAUACCUGGGCAUCCGGCAGGUCAGCAAGCCGCUUGCCAACCGCAUUAAGGAGGCCGCCCGCCGAAGCGAGUUCUUCAAGACCUAUAUCUGCCUCCCGCCAGCUCAGCUGUACCACUGGGUGGAGAUGCGGACCAAGAUGCGCAUCAUGGGCUUCCGGGGCACGCUCAUCAAGCCGCUGAACGAGGAGGCGGCCGCCGAGCUGGGCGCCGAGCUGCUGGGCGAGGCCACCAUCUUCAUCGUGGGCGGCGGCUGCCUGGUGCUGGAGUACUGGCGCCACCAGACGCACCAGCGUCACAAGGAAGAGGAGCAGCGCGCCGCCUGGGACGCGAUGCAGGACGAGGUGGGCCGCCUGGCGCUGGCGCUGGAGGCCCUGCAGGCGCAGGUGCAGGCGGCGCCGCCGCGGGGCGCCCUGGAGGAGCUGCAGGCGCAGAUGCAAGAGGUGCGCGCCCAGCUCUGCGCCCCGGACCCGCCGCCCGCGCCCCAGGCAGAGCCCACAUCCCGGGAAGUGUCCUCAUCCAAGGAAAAGGAGCCUGCCGAAGCCUGAACUUAGACGUGGCCCUGUGUGCCCUGAUGUGGCCUUCUCCCUGCGUUACCCUACCUGUGCUGGCCCAGUGGAAACCACCGGGAUGUGGAUGCAACUUGGAUUAGGUCACCCCAUACUGACCCGUGGUACCUUCCACUGCGACCAGCCCCCAGCAGGUGAAGCGUUCCAACAUAGCCCCCUCCAGCCUCUAGCUCAUUUGGUACAGUCCGCACUGCUGUCUCUCCAGCCCACUCCAAACCACACAGCCCUAUGGGGUCCCAGCCAGCAGGAAGGACACCAUGCUCACUCCUCUGGCAGAAGAAAACAUGGAACCGGACUUGAGCCAAAUCAACCUAUCAGCCCUCCAUUUACUUAUCAGUGUUACUUUUCCCUGGGACUCUCAGCCUUUACAUCGGAAUACCUCCUUCCCUUUGUCAGUUGGUACAGGCUGUCGUAAGGAAACGCAGUGUCUUUCAGUGAGCUGCUGCCUCUCCCACCUUCUAAGGUGGGCUUUCUCUGGGCAUCACUCCUCUUAUGAGGGAAAAAAAAAGGGAUCUUGGCUUGCAGUUGAUCCAUCAAAUAUUACACCUUUCACCUUAACCUGAUCCGUGGUACCUUCCCCUGAGACACUCAAAUGGAAUAUUCCAACAGAACCCCCCUCAUCCUUCAGUCUACGGCACAACCCACUGGAAUGGCUAUGCGGGGUCUUCUGGUAAUGCCCUACCAACCCUGCUUCUGGUGGAAAAUUUGAUCCUGUCUGUGGCUAGUCCGACCUGUCUUUCAGCCUCAGCCCCCUGUUAACCUGUCCUCAGUGUCCCUGGGCCUUUCCUGACGUGUCCUUUCCUACCGUCCCCACUGUCUUCUUCAGUGGCCUCUCUCAGGGGACUGCCGGCCGUGAUCACAGCCCCCAUGUUCCAUCAAAUCUAUAGAUCUCUGUGCUAUUGCCUUCCUUCCCUGCGGCUCUGGACUGGUCCAACUGUCCCCCUCCUGCCUCCAUAACCCCCUCUAUCCCACUGGGCUAGGCCACCAGUUGAUCUUACCUUUGUUAUUUAGUUUCCAGGGCUGCCAUAACAAAUGACCACAAACUCGGUGGCUUAAAACAACAGUUUAUUCUUUCACAGUUCUGGAGGCCAGAGAUCUGAAAUCAAGGUGUUCGCAGGGUCACGCUCCCUCCACAGGCUCUAGGGGAGGAUCCUUCCUUGCCUCUUCAGCUUCUGUUGGCCUCAGGCAUUCCUUGGCUUGUGGCCCCCUAUCUCCAGUCUCUUCCUCCAUCUUCACCUGGCCUUCUUUUGCUCUCUGUCUCUUGUAAAGACUCCUGUCAUUGGAUUUAGGGCUUACCCUAAAUCUAGGAUUAUUUCACUUCGAAAUCCUUAACUGAAUUACAUCUACAAAGACCCUUUUUCCACAUAAGCUCCCAUAACUUUCCCUGGGUUAGGAUGUGGACACAUCUUUUGGUGGGCCACUAUUCAACCCACUACACCUCCCCACCCCAGGAGUAUGCUGGGACUCCUGCCAACCCCGUGGGACAUUCAGGGAACCACAAGGGUGAGAGGAACAGUCCAGGAACCACCAUUCAUUACCUGGAGUCUCUUCCAGGACCCACCUCUGAAGCGGGAGGGGUCUGGGCCCCACCAGUCUGCAUUCUGUCUUUCAGACUGUAGAUGUUUCCCAGUUAAAAGAGCCCUGGAGAGAGGAAGUCCUCUGAAGGAUGUGUCAGAGAAUCAUGAUCUGAUCUCCAAAAUGAGUACAAGCCUCUUUAAAAUUAGGAGAGAAGCUGAGAAAGUUCUGAUGGGGGUGAGUGGUAGAGCAUCAUCCAAGAUGGGGAAACUGAGGCCCAGCGGAAGCAAAGGGACUUGCCCAGGGCCAACAAGCCAGUGAGGUGAUGAAGCAGUGAGAGCAGAGGCAGGGAGGGAGAUGGAGAAGGGAAGCAGGGUGCUUGAGGGCACUGGUACAGGGCGAGGAGGAAGAUGAGAGGGAAGCAGAUUACUGGGAGAGGGGCAAGAGACCUCUCUACACAGAGGCCAAAGGCACCCCAGGGGCAGCAUUGAGAGUGGAGGGGGGCACAGUCCUCUGUCAGAACAGCCCCAGAUUACACCCAAGAUCUUAGCAUUUAAUGAAUGAGGUUAGAUCCAUUCCACCUGGACCCGUUUCCCAGCAGCUCUAGGUGAAGUGGGAGGGGCCAGCUUUCUCUCCCUUCCUCCGUCACCUCACUUCCCCAGCGGAGUGAAAAUACUCUGGACCCAAGACCUACCCAGACAGAAAACCAAGAAACCAGGGUUCUGAAACAGCAUCUUAAUUCCUUCUAGAAGAGCCCCCUCUGAUGUAGAGGGAGCUGAGGGAGGUGGGCCCCAGGUAGGGGUAUCUUUAAAAUUGGAAGUGACUUGAGUGGGUUAAAUGACGAGGGGAAGAAGGCAAGAGACAGAGCUACCACUGGAUGAUGGGGUGAUUGAUGGAGCCAGGUGGGCAGGCUUAGUGCCUGUUGCCAUGGUUACCCCAGGGCAGUCCACUCUGGCACUGACACAUCUCUGGAGCACGGGUUGCUGGAGGCCAGGCACUGUUUUACUGCCCUCCCCACAUCAUGUCAGUGUCAAUGACCCAUCUCGUCAGUAAGGUGUGGUCAUUAUCAAAAUAGGUGGAGUUUAUUGAGCUCUGGUUAGGUGCGGGGCACUGUUCUAAGUGCUUUACAUAGUCCCCAUAACAUUUUCUUUGUUGCCUUGAUGAGGAAACCGAGGCACAGAGAGGGAAAAUCACCCACCCAAGGUCACACAGGCGGGGAAGAAGCAGAGGUGGGGUGUGAAGACGGGCAGUCUGGGUCAGAACCCGUAACCCCUGCGCCAUCCUGACCCUGAUGUCAUGCUGCUCUUACAUCUCCGAGACUCAAAACUCAGCCCUGACGUGUACUUACGUGUGGCGAGACCUCGUGGGAUGCAUCCGCUUCACCCACUGGGUGGGGGUGGGAUCAGCAUGUGUGGAAGUGGAAAGAGUCCCCUCUCAAAAUGCACAAGGCCAGAGGAUGCUUCAUCGCUCUGGUUUCCUGCUAGCUAAAAUUUUGUAUACAUUUGUGACUUGGGGAGAGGGGUUAGAAUAAAUUUGUAAUCCAAAUUGGUUGUCUUCAAGUUGAUGCAUUUUUUCCCCAUAUUUAAAAAAAGCCCCGUUAACCUGAGAAAAAAUAUCCUUCGUUUAUUCUUUCAUUCAAGAAACUGUCACCGAUGGGACUUCCCUGGUGGCACAGUGGUUAGGACUCCACGCUCCCAAUGCAGGGGGCCCGGGUUUGAUCCCUGGUUGGGGAACUAGAUCCCACAUGCAUGCCACAAUUAUGGAGCCGGCGAGCCUCAACUAAGGAGCCCACCUGCUGCAACUAAGACCCGGCGCAACCAAAUAAAUAAAUAAAUAUUUUUUUUAAAAAAACAAAAAACUGUCUGACGUGCCCACCAUGUUCUGUGCAGUGCUGGGGUCCCAGCCGUGACCGAGACCGCCCCAACCCUGCCCUCGUGGGGGCUCACAGUUCAGUGGGGGGACGGACGCACAUACAGACAUUUCUUUUCCAGUGUUACCUGCCCUGUGGUUAUUUGGGAAGAAGGGACCAGGCUGAAUCCCAACUCCUCCCCUCCUGAGGGACUCAGGGCUUUAGGGCAUUAAAAAACAGAAACUCUUCAACACUGGCUCUCAAAAGCCUCAUAGGAUGUCCCAAGGGCUCUGCUUCUCCUAUCCCCUGGCAGGCCCCAUUGUCCCCUGUGCUGCUUUCUCUGUUGGGAAGGCCCUUGCCUGGGGAGAGCCACUCCAGGAGAAGAUGGACGUCUGAUCCAUUGGCCCAUAUGGUCAUCUCUGAGCUGGCCACUGGUGCUGUGACUCCAGGCCGGGGUCCCCCAGCCCCCCCAGUAGACAGAGGGAGAGGAGAAGCACGUCCAGAGGAGAAUCCAGAGGGCAUCUUCCACCCGCUCGCUAGACAAGUGUUGACUGAGCACCUGCUGUGUGCCUGGCCCCAUUCUAGUAGCUGGGAGUCAGCCAGGAACAAGACAAAGUCACCGCCACCACGGAGCCAACAUCUAGUCCGGGGAAGCAGACAAUAAAGAAAAAUGAUCCAGUGUCGGGGUGAUGAGGGCUGAGAAGACAGAGUUCGGGAGUGAUAGGGAUGGCUGAUUUCGAUCAGGUGCUCAGGGAGCAGGUGACACUGGAGAGGAGCUGCCAGAGAGUGUUGUUAGUAUCUACAGAGGCCCCGAGGCAGGUGUGGGGAUCAGCCUUUCCCUGGAACGGCGGGAGGAUCUGCUAUCAGAAUUGAGCCGGGGUUUGCGGACCAAGGGCCUGGCGCUGCCUGUCUUUGGGAACAAAGAUUUAUUGGGACAUAGCCACACCCAUGUGUUUAUGUAUAUUUUUUAUGGCUGCUUUUGCACGGCAAUGACAGAUUUGAGUCAUUUGCGAUAAGUACCACAUGGCCUUCAAAGAUGCAAAUAUUUACUGUCAAGGCCUUUCCGUAAAGAGUUUACGGACCCUAGAACAGAGUAAGCAAGGGGAGAAGGAUGGGCGAGGGGCUCAGGAGCACAAAGGCUGGCCCCCUUUUGCCUCAGUUGGCACAGCUCUGGAGGGUCUUACCAGCUCCGAUGCCCCAUCGGGUGGCCUCUUGGCCCUCCCUGCCCGCUCCCGCUUCGGUCACUCCCCACCCACAGGAGCUACUCCCUGGAGACGCUGCUAUAACCCUGCUGUUCGAAGAUCUCAGAGUCUCCCCCUCAGUCUACGGCAGCAAGGCACCAUGAGACGCAUAGUUUAUAUAGUCUACCAUAUUCAUAUUUAUAUAAUAAUUCACAAUUCACCCUAUAUACGUAGGAUAAACGCUGUGUAAU